AGAACCAUCAUACUAGAGUUGUUUUGAUUUCUGUCAUUUUCCAAGUUAUUUUCUCCUACAUCCAUAAUUUAUCUCUCUUCUGCGUUCUUCUUCUCGAUCCGAUCAAAUAUAUAUAAUUUACAUUUUUUUUUUCAAAUUUCUCCUGAUUUAAUACGAAUUCCCGUUCCCCAGACGCAGGAGAAUUCGCCGACGAGAAUUCAUACUUAAAUCGGUUUUGGUGAAAUUCUAAGGAUGUUUUUUAACACAGCUACUGAGGAGUUGGAUUCAUACUAUCCUAUUAGACCCGAAUGUCAGGCCGAUGCCCCCAUGACCCGUUUUAAGGCAAGGGUAGGUAAAACUCUGAGUCCAAGAAGAUGGAAUGCAGCAUUUACUCAAGAUGGUCAUUUGGAUAUAGCUGGUGUACUGAGAAGAAUCCAGAGAGGGGGGAUUCAUCCUACAAUUAAAGGGGCAGUCUGGGAAUUUUUGUUGGGUUGCUUUGAUCCCAAUAGCACAACCGAUGAACGAAAUGAAGUCAGAGAGCGGAGAAGGGAACAGUAUGCUGCAUGGAAAGCUGUAUGUCAAAACAUGGUACCUGCUGUUGGCAGUGGAAAGUUCAUCACAACGCCUAUAGUUACUGAUGAUGGCCACCCUGUCGAAGAGAAUAACGGCGGUGCCAUGUCAAAUGGUGGUCCAAUGGACCAAAGAGAGUUUCAGUGGAAGCUUGUCCUGUCUCAAAUUGGUCUGGAUGUAGUUCGGACUGAUCGCACUCUUGUAUAUUAUGAGGACGAAGCUAAUCAGGCAAAGCUCUGGGAUAUUCUUGCUGUAUAUGCUUGGGUGGACAAAGAUAUUGGGUAUGUUCAAGGAAUGAAUGAUAUAUGCUCUCCAAUGGUGAUUCUUCUUGAACAUGAAGCAGAUGCCUUCUGGUGCUUUGAGCGUGCAAUGCGCAGACUGAGGGAAAAUUUUAGGUGCACGACAAGUUCUAUGGGGGUGCAAUCUCAACUGGGUACCCUCUCACAAAUUAUUAAAGCCAUAGACCCAAAGCUCCACCAGCACCUUGAGGAGCUGGAUGGAGGCGAGUAUUUGUUUGCCAUUCGUAUGCUGAUGGUUCUUUUUCGAAGAGAGUUCUCACUCGUGGAUGCCAUGUAUCUCUGGGAGGUGAUGUGGGCGAUGGAGUACAAUCCGAAUACUUACGCAUUAUACGAGGAGUCGCGUGAGGGUUCCACCAGUAACGGUGAAGCUAAUAAAAUGAACAACAAGCUGCUCAAGCAGUACGGAAAAUUCGAGAGGAAAAAUGUGCAAACGGGAGUGGCAGAUCAGAGAAGCGCACUUGCUGUUUUCCUUGUUGCUAGCGUACUCGAGAAGAAGAAUAAGCAACUCCUUAGAGAGGCUCAAGGCAUGGAUGAUGUCGUCCAGAUCUUGGGUGAAAUCACUGGAAAUUUGGAUGCAAAAAAAGCACUAAAAGAGGCAUUGAAAAUUCACAAAAAGUAUUUGAGCAAGGCCAAGAAACCGUAAGAACCGCCUUUGAAGCCCCACAUCAACUACUUCGAUUCUCAGAAGUUUUUGCUCCUUUGUUUGUUGUAUGCAUUUUUUAUUUUAUUUUGAGUAUUCCGCUUCUGUCCAUUUUCGGGUUUUUUUUUUUCCGGGUACAUAGAAUUUUGACUCUUGAGUGAUUCCAUAGUCACUUAUUGCACCAGCUCUUUGUGAAAGAACAGUUUACACGGUGCACUGGUUUUUGUAAUUGUCUAUAGUAUGUGCAUUCAGAUGUAAGUCAGACAUUCAACUGUUGAUAAUAAGAAUGUAAAUAAGCCCAGGCAGGCAAGUUUCACUUGGCCUUGGAACAUUAGUUUUCUUACUAUAGUUGCUACACGC